AUGAAUGCUCUACGCGAUCAGCGACUAUCGAUGAGACACGCGUAUCGCCACACUGCAAUCUGUUGCUUGCGCAGAUGUCUUGGAAAGGCUACCUGCGUGACCCUCAAUACGAGCCGUCAACGGAAGUGGCAGUCGGAUUUGAGGGGGUUACUCGUCACGGAGAUGCUCACGGCUGCGGUCACAGAGAUCAAUCAGACAUGCCUGUCUGUGACUGCGGCGCACUGGCGCGCGUGUCUGUUGAUAAGAAGUCGGAAGCUGAACCUUCGCCCGGCAGCGGAGUAUCGGUUUAGAUACCUGAAAUCCUACUACGAUGGCGAAAUGUCGGUCAGGCCUUUAAUGAAACCAUGCGCCGGCGACAGUCACCUCGAGAUCGCCCGUGAUCCACCGCCGUCCGACCGGCACAUUGACACGGCGAUCUCGAGAUGGGGGCGAACAGCUCUGCACUACGCUGCCUACUGUCGCAGCGAGGAGGGGGUCAGGGAUCUACUUGAACACGGCACGUAUGUUCAUGCGACGGAUUCGUAG